AACAUAUUCCAAGUUUCAUCAAAAACUCUGCAGGAUAUUUGUAGAUUUCAUAAUCUGUCGACUAGUGUAAUUCCAUAUCCAAAACAGUCGGAUUAAAACAGAUUUCAAGGUCGACUCAAAGUUUCCUUUUUUUCCCAACAAUUCAUCGAUUUGGUUGAGAGUAUGGAUGAGACACCAAAAACCAAACUGUCAGGCCGUGCACUCAAGCCAGGAAUGUGCAACAAGUGUAAAGUUGAAACUCCAUCUAUAAUAGUCAAGCGAGCCGAGUUUUGUCGGUCUUGCUUUUUGGAUUCUGUUGGGCAUCGCUUUCGAGGAAAUCUAUCAAAAUCUAGCAUUCCUGAAGGAUCUAAACUCAUGGUUGCAUUUUCUGGCGGCCCAUCAUCGAGAGCCUUGCUACAAACUAUGAAUGAUUACUGCAGAGUAGACCCAGAAAAUAGCCGAAAGAAACGCAAGUUUCCAGAGUUUUGUGUGUGUUAUGUGGAUCAGUCAUCUAUUCUAGACAGCCAUGCAUCGGAUGCUUCAAAAAUCACUGCAAUAGUAAAUUCUUACCAGCGCGAGCUGUUUAUUGUUUCGCUAGAAGCUGUUUUUGAAGAGCAUGCUCCUGCAUUAUUAAAAACUCAUAUCGGCGUAGAUGAUACUAUUUCAGCUUCAAGCUCAUUCAAUAUUGAGCUUGAAAAGAAUGCAAAGAAAGUAGACAGUAGACUACUUGUUCAACAAAUGUUUGGCACGCUUUCUAGCAUGACAUCAAAGGAAGACUUGCUGCAUUACUUGACUUUGCAUACGUUGGUACGCGAAGCAAAAGCCCAAGGUUGUGCAGGUAUAUUACUUGGAGAUACUGCCACUAGUGUGGCUAUUAAUGUCAUCUCAAAUACCUGCAAGGGACGCGGACUCUCUCUCCCCGCCGACAUCAUGGAUUCUGAGUGGUAUCAAGAUGUGCAUAUUCUACGGCCAAUGCGUGACAUUCUUUCAAAGGAAAUUGGAAUCUUUAACCGACUGUCCAAGUUAGAAACGGUAGCACAUUCGUCCCUUACUACUUUUAUGGCACCUAAAGCCAGCAUCAGUCGUCUCAGUCAAGAUUUCAUUGUUGGAUUGGAGAAGGAGUUUCCCGCAACCGUGAGCACAGUAGCCAGAACUGCUUUCAAGAUUCAGACCAAUCAUCUUUCAAAGAAACAGUGUCCGCUAUGUGAAGGUCCUGUUGAUAGCACCGAUAAUUUUGCUUCUAUUGAUUCGUCGGCAGAGACACCUGGUUAUCCUUGCAAGCCAAUCUGUGAAACUAAGCCAAGUUUUGAAUGCUGCUCAGAUGAUAAAACUACAACAGCUUGCUGUGCUCAAAACGUGAAUAAAAAUGAGCAAGUGAAUGUAUAUCCACUGCUCUGCUAUGCCUGUCGGAAUAUUGCCCACGAUUUUCCCAAGCAAAAAACAACUCAAUCUCCAAGCCCAAAUCAGCAUGAUGUUCCUCUACCAGCAUAUAUUGCACAUAACUCUUUUCGGCGACUCUCUCAAAAUGAAUUGAGAAACCAAAUCAGCGAUUUUUUGAUCGAGGAUGACAAUUCUGUCAGUUACUAA